UGAAAUUGAAUGCGAUAUGAUUCACGUUACACUCCAUCUUUCGCUUUUUUCCCCUUUAUCAUGAUAAAAAUAUUUCGUACACCAUUGUGAACGUAGAAAACAUUGUUACAAUGUUUACAAGAAGACGUAAGAAAUCUCACUCGGUUCGUGCUUGGAUACAAAAUUGAAAAUAAAUCUGACCGUUAAGAGGUUAAGGACCACUGCGUGUUAAGUUUCUUCCCUGCGAUAUCUUCGAAUUAAGCGUAAUUACCAAGCAGAACGACAUAGUUUCGCUCUCGAAAACAGAAGUCUAAUAUAUAUUCGUCGCGUUUCCAAACUGACAGGCGAAAGUAAUUUUGCGACGCAAAAUGGUUGUAUAUGUAGAAAGUACAAGGUUCGCCAGGAGAAGAAAGUGUCAUCGAGCUGGCUAAAUGGCGAGUUUCGAUACGUGUACACGCCGGUUUUAACAUUAACCGAGGAGUACACGCCCCGUGUUUCAGGCGUCGUAUCGCCAUGGAGUCCGGCGCGUGGUGAAAGUCAUUUUGGUUGGCGAUGGGCUGAUUAUUAUGCUAUCCGGGCAAUCGUCAUUCAAUUAUUACACCCAGUGACCCUCGUCUUCGUUCGGCGUAAUUACGUUGCACGCGCGAAAUAUUGCCGCCCGCCUACUGCGUUGCGCGAAAUUCAACGCAUAUGCAAAUCAUCGACGUUCAACACUUUUUCAAAUUCAAUUUGCGUUCACGCGCUCGUCGCGUUAAUGGGAGUGGUGCGUUUCUGUUGUCCACCUUGAGUCAGGAAAGGUAGUAUCAUUGUUAAUUGCGUGUUAUUGUUCUCUUUGAGGAUUAACAGGGAAAAGUUACAAUACCGCGAGUUGUUUACGCGAACGAUCGUGUCUGGCCGGUGACAGGAAUUAUCUACUGCCGCCGCGUAUUUCUUAUCUUACGCUCCGUCGAUUAAAUUUAGAAUUGGAGAGAUCAAGGCGGCUAAAUAGGCGGAGGUGGAAGAAAGAAACGCUAGAAGAUACAAGACGAACAAAAACAGUGACAGCGGAGGUGAAGGGGCAUGAUAAGCAAGGACACGAGUGUUUCACGCGAAUCAGGUGAUCUGGCAGACGAUAAUCAAACGUUUAGCAUCCAAAGGGCGAGGGAGUACCGACAGACGUGCCGUCGCGCUUCUCGACAACGAAUGCCGGAAUGACGCGUCGAUCAAGUCGUGGCUGGGCAGAGGGCGCAAGGACUUCAUUAAACGGGAAAAAGUGAUACACGUCGUGUUUCAAGUUGGAGAGGAAGAGAGGAGCUUGUUGGAGAAGGGAGUGGAAGAAGGAAGAAACGUUGCAGAUCGUCGAACUUAUCAAAUACGAGAUAAGAAGCGAUCGUGGGCUCAUUGUCUCGUCACUCCGCAACAACAGCGACGGAUAACGUCCUCCCGUCGCUAUCACGAUGUCGUCGUUACUAUGAGAUCCAUCGUGCCGGUACACUCGACAUUUCCUUACACCUGACAGCUUUCAGAAGAACACCAUUCGACUACUUCAAGGACGUUUUCUGUCAGUAAUAAACCUUACAUCUUGUUCAUUAAACAACAAAAGAAGGCUAAACGAAACAAAACAAAACAGAACACAAGAAAAAGUUCGGAUGGGUCAAACAAGAUAUUAAAGAAACAAAGAAAAAUUGAAGAACCAUAGAAGGGGACGAGGCUACCAAAGAAUUUCAUUCGAGGACGUUUGAUAAAGAGGGUCAAAGCUAACUGACCGAAAGAGCGCAGAAGAAAACAGUGAUCUCGUUUAACCUCGAGUGGAGAUCCCUAAAUCGUAGAAUUGCUCGCGUUUGAUUAACGUAAUUGCACAAGGACAGCCGACGACUGUCCCUGUGGGUGGUGUGUGGAAGAAGCAGAAGGGCGUCGAUAAAGAAUAGAGGGGUGCGUGGUGAAACGCGACGAGAGGGUGAAGUGAAGGUGUCCUCGUGGGGUGCCAGAGUGAGCACGAUAGCACCUCUGGUGCCCUCGGCCGUGGGUCCCGAGGGGACGGACGCCAUGGCGGCCUCUUCGUCCUCGUCGAGCGGCGAGCAACAGUACUCACUCAGGUGGAACGACUUCCACUCGAGCAUCCUCAGUUCAUUUCGUCAUCUGAGGGACGAGGAGGAUUUCGUGGAUGUGACCCUGGCAUGCGACAGUAGCAGCUUCACCGCGCACAAGGUCGUCCUCUCUGCGUGCAGUCCUUACUUCCGGCGGCUCCUCAAGGCGAAUCCAUGCCAGCAUCCGAUCGUGAUCCUGAGGGACGUUGCCUCGUCCGAUAUGGAGUCGUUGCUGCGCUUCAUGUACCACGGCGAGGUUCACGUGGGACAGGAGCAGCUGGCCGCUUUCCUCAAGACGGCGCAGAUGCUUCAGGUUCGGGGGUUGGCCGAUGUGAACAGCGGUGCUGCCACAGCGAAAAUUCCACCUCCCUCGUCGUCUGGUGGAAACAACGGUAGUGCACCGGCGACACCACGCAAUCCCUGGCAAGAUAACGGCAGGGGAGAAUUGAACGAGGGUGCUUUGAGUCCUCCGCCAGAGAAGAGACCUAGAAGCUAUAGUCCACCAUUGGGCAAUCACGUGGAGCAGAAAACUGACCUUCAGGAGUCCCUUCUGGGACAAGCCCUGGAAGGAGGACCUACGAUACACACGACACCUACGAAUAAUGUACAGGCGCAGUCUACAGGCGAGGAUUCAAAUUCCAUGUCGGAAAACGAAGAGGAGAUGUCGAAUAACGACAGUAUCCUGAAUUCCGUGAAGACGGAACCAAGCGACAUUUUAAAUGAUUCUAUAGAACACCAUCGUAACUCGUUUCCUACGGCGCUCUUGGGAAUACCAGGACUGAUACCAGGGCCAUCCGGGAUCCACGCGGCGAAUCAGGAUCCGAAUUACGUCGCUCGCCACGGUUUGGACAUGAUACGGGUCCGCGCCACAGAUCCACGUCCCUGCCCGAAAUGUGGUAAGAUCUAUCGAUCUGCCCACACGUUGCGCACCCACCUGGAAGAUAAGCACACGAUCUGUCCUGGCUAUCGUUGCGUUCUCUGUGGCACCGUGGCCAAGUCAAGGAACUCUUUGCAUUCGCACAUGUCGCGGCAGCAUCGUGGAAUCAGCACCAAGGAUCUACCAGUGCUACCGAUGCCGAGUCCGUUCGAUCCUGAACUGGCGUCGCGUCUAUUGGCCAAGGCGGGUGUCAAGGUGAGUCCCGCGGAGUUACGAGCUCGUGCCAGUCCCACGGGACCCAGGAGGGGUGACAUGAGACUGGAGAUUCCUCGAGGAGGCGCGCCAUCCGAUGCCGGAAGCAGCAUCUGCGGUGGAGAUGACCCUGAAGACCUUACGCUGCCGCUCAGUCUAAGGUAUGGAUCACCGACGCCCAACAAUAACACUGUGAUCACCAAAGUAAGCGGUAGCAACAGCAGCAGCAGUACCAAGAAUUCGACUGCGACGGCGAUUGCGGCCAAGUCUUUGGACACCAUGCACGGCAGCCGUGAGCCAAAUACGGCUCCUCUUCAUCCACCCGGACAUCUUCAUCCGAGCCAUCAUAACACCAGCGCCACUGGAUCAGCGAUCAUCGAUACGUAUCUACAAUUUAUUGCGGAGAAUUCCGGAUUGACCACGAUGGGGCUCAGUCCCGAGCAAGCUGCUGCGGUAGCGGCUGCACACGCGGCCAAGAUGGCUCAUAUGAGCGCGAUGGAUAAAUUAGGCAGUCGUGGGAUCGAAGAUUAUCCUAUGAUCGGUAGAGAUGAGGGUCGAGGACCGGGAGUAGUGCACGAGGAUCGUCAGGAUACGUUACAGGAUAGGCACGUUGGACUUUUGGACGAAGGCGAGUCGUCCGGUGGCGAAGAUGAUGACUUUAGCGAGAACGAGGAGCCAGAGAUCGUUAAAGCUGAAUAGAUGGCACGUUCGCGGUACCCUGCGACCAGAUUUGGUGACACGUGACCCGAUUAGGAAGUGCUUCUGAAGAGACGUGUUCUGUACCUUGGAUCCAGCCACGUCCUCUUCUUUCGCAGUCAAAUCCAUCCACUACCUCAGUAGAGACUUACUCCUGUUUUCUUUUCGUUACGAGAGAUAGAACUCUUUUGUUUUUUUCCAAAGAGAGAAGAAGGAAGAAGAUGAGAAAACGAAGUCACUGCAGAUCACAUACGUACACAUGGUCUUUGGAUCGGAAAACGAAUUCCUCCUUCGUUACAGAGAGACAAACGGAGUUUUUCGUUGCCCACAGACACACAUACGCCCUCCUCACACACAUGUACACAUGUGUAUAUGCGCGUAUACAGUUUUUAGCCCGUUAAAAAUAUUCCAUCUGUCUACCUCAGUGAACACGAUAAACGAUAAGUGAUAGGACAGACCAAGACGAAUGAAUCUCAUGAAUCAUGAACUUAGGGGAAAGUAAUAUGGUGAAACGAUUGGAGAUGAAGAGGUCUAUCGCCAUGGCUAUUCAACGACGUCAGUUGCGUUGCAGUAAAUGGUCGAGUGAAAAGGAUAUAUUGCGAUGAAAAUAUCGUUCAUGGUAUGAACGACUGUGUUUCUAUAAGAUCGCAGGCGAAAGUAUGCGAGCGAACCGAGAAGCCAGGCAACACCAAGGCAACUGUUUUAUUCUGUUUAUUUUCUGAAGGUUAAAGAAGAAAAAAGAAAAAACGGUGAUCGUCGCGUAUAGGCGAUUGGCGAGAAGAUAUUAUUAUAUUAUAUUAUAUUAUAUUAUUAUAUAUAAAUGUUGAGGAAAAAUAUAUAUUGUCUAGAUUUAUAGAGAAGUUAGUGUACAACGGCAUGUACGUACGUACACGGUUACACAUAUAAAGAAGGACUAAUCAUAAUAAUUGGAGGGAAAGAGAAUAUUAAAGUAAUGGCUAGAAUGGAUACGUGUAGCGCUAGGGUUAGCACCCUUUGUAUUUUUUAGAAGAGUGCACUUUCCAAGUAUACACUUACGUGCAAACAUGCGUAUACAAGGCACUACGUACAUUAAAUACACUCCCACACAUUCUACAUUUUACUUUUUAACGUAUUGUGGUAAUACACAUACACAUAUACACAAACGCGUAUACAUGAAAAGUUAUGUAUUAUCGCAUGAUUUAAAAUAUCGUGCGGUCGUGUUUUCGCCGAUUAAGAGUCGCUUUAGAAGCGCGACGAUUAUUGCGAUUGUUAAUUGUCUACUCGCUUUAUCGUAGGGAAAGAUGCGAAAUAUAAAAUGAAACGAGACCGGGUAGCUCAACGUGUCAAUCGGCAAACGAGAAAUCUUGCUGGUUUAUGUUUAGCGAACUCGGUCAAACUUUCUUUAAUAGCCUGGAAAGUAUUCUUAGGACAACGUGAUAAAUGGUGUCAGGAUUCGAGAUAGAAAAAGAACGAGAUAUUUCUUGCACGAUUCUCGAGAUUAUGCGUUUUGAAACUGGUCAGUUGACUUUGAAAUUUUGCUCCGUUUUGAAAUUAGAUUUAGAUAAAGUAGUGCGCGAACUAGGAAAGGAAGGCUUUGACUUAGGAGAAUCAUAAAAUAAUCGAGAACAGUCCCUUCUUGUCGUUCCUUUCGUCAUGCGGUACUUCCCCCCGCCCCCCUUCCUUCGUUCUUCUAUUCGAUCGAACCCGUCGAUUAAUCGAACUGGAAGCAAAAAUCCAUCCCCCAGGGCUUGCCAUGACCUUUCUAGUACUUAAGUUCUUUUUUUCGGCUUGGGCGAUUUUCUUCUUUCUUGAGGGGAACGACACGAUUCUUUCACCCGUGGACGAGAUCUGCUCAUAGACGAUUAGUUGCUCGUGUACUUUUUUUCCAAAAGAAUAAUGAGAGUGAAAGAAGGAAAAAUGUGAUGCAAGGGGACUGAUAAUAUAGAGUCACGAGUGGAACGAGAACCACGACCCAUCUUUUCUUCAUGUUUGUGUUGCUUUUGCUCCUGGAGCAUCCAUCGAAGUCUUUUUCCGCAUUCUUGUAUGUCUUUGACUCAUCUCGAUCAACGAUCUCCCUCUCUCAACCCGCGUUAUUUAUAAACCGGUCGAUAUUUCUUUUCCAACGAAUUUUCGCUUCACGAUAGGUAUAUGUAGGAUUUUUAAUAUUAUUGUAUCUCGUUUGAAUCAUGUUCCUGAAUUUUACAAACGUGGUUCUCGUUCUUCGAGUGAUACGUAGGAUGAAGAAGGAAGGGAGGAUGGAAAAAAAAUAGAGGAGGAAGAGGCAGUUUCGAACUCGUAGAUCGCAAUUAUUCGCGCGAUUUCGUGUUUAGGCUCGAAAUGUAUAAUACUAAAAUGGUUCCUACUAAUUGAAUACAUACACGAGCUACUUUGAUUUUAUGGAAUACCUUGAGAAUACAUAUUAUAUGUAUAUAUAUAUAUAUAUACAUAUAUAUAUAUAUAUAAAUAUAUAUAUAUAAAUAUAAAUAAAUAAAUAUAUGUGUAUGUAUGUAUGUAUAUAUAUACACAUACAUACAUAUCACAUACACACACACACACACACACACAUACACAUGAUUAGGUACGUCUAGAAAAAAGAGAAACUUAGCAAUACGUAGUGGCGCAACGCGAUUUAAACGUUAGGAUUCCUUCCGUUCCAAGUUCUCUAGAAUAAUGACUAUUAUUUUGUCUUUUCUUAUUCUUUUUUAUUGUUUUGGUUAUAUCUUCUUUUGUUCUUGGGCGUAUGUGCGUGAAGGACAGAGAAUGGUAAUGAGCAAAUGGGAGAAUCGUUUCUGUCUGAUGACAUCCUUUUUGUAGGUGUUUAGCACCUUUUUUUCUUUUUGCCUAGGUUUAGUAGGUUGUACACGAUACAAUACUCGAAGUAUACUAAUCCUUUCUUAGCUUGUAAGAGAAUUUUACCGAUGAAACACAGGGAUUCUCAGUGACUUUACCACGCCACUGACGAUAGGAAUACAUCGUUCACGAACGUAAACUGUGUAUGUAUCUCUGCGUGAGGCGGUACGUCCAGAAAGAGAGAGAGAGAGAGAUUCGAAAAAUCAAAAACGAAAAUGUUCGCCAAUCGAACGUGGACGAGCGCGAAACGAGCAAACUUUUUGACGAGUAGCGUCGAUUCUCACCCUUUCCGGUACGAAUUCUCGUGAGUCAUUUAUUAGGGAUUUAAGCUGUAAACCGAAGCUAUAACAUUUUAUUCAAGACAAUAAUUACACGAACAUGUGUUUGGAAGGAACGUGUUAUCGGAAUUAUCAGGCCGUGAGAUUUACAACUAGUAUGGGCGAGUUCGACGCUAAAAGUCUCGAAUUUUUUAAACUUUAUAUUGUAUAUACGUACGAGGGUAUCUGUAUACGAUCGAAAUAUUUGUAUACGAACCACGCAAAGAGGCCAUAUGAAUCGUAACGAAGUAAAAUUUACUCGUUUACGGUGAUUCGUCUAUUAUGGGUCCUCGAAACGUGAUAUUUUAAUGCUUCUUGUGGACAGUAAAAUUGUUAAUCGCUCGUUUCCUGCCGAUGAAUCCACGAAUUAACACGUCACGAGGUUACAACUGGAAGCUUCGUAGAUAGACAUGUUUUAGAUCGAGGAAAAGAAUACGGGAAUGAUCGAUCGAGACGCGAAUCCAGGUCUAAUCGGUACAAAAAACCACUUCUUGCCUUGAAAAAUGCUCUCUAUAAAUAUUACGCAUCAGGCGUGAUCAUAUUGCGAGACAAAAGUUAAAAUGGAAGAGAAAAUAAGGGAGAAGAAACCGGAAAAAAUGGGGGAAAAAUAAUAAAAAGAGAAAAAAAUUCUUCGCAGAGUACAAAUUUAAUUCGCGGUGUUUUAUCGAGGAGGAGAAUCUUAAAAAGGAGAGAAAACAAGGAGACGGGAAAAUAAUGAAUAACGAAAAAAUAAUAGACACCGAUCGAAGGAGGAAGCUAAAAGGUUUUCUAGGUAUCGUUAAACGCGUUUGUGACAACCGUCUGUUCAGAUCGGGAUGAAGAGAGGAAAAUGGAAAAUCGGAUUGAUCGUUUUCUUCGUGCCAUUGUGAAUAAUUAAUCGAACGUGACGAGGUUUAAGACUUUCUUUACCGUUUUUUUUUUUUUAAAUCAUUUUCGUUCAAUGUUCUAUUGUUUUUCAUUAUCGCUAAGAAGUAUAGGUUGCAUAGGAAGUGUCCACACAUUGAUUGCCAUCCUUGUGUGACGAUCAUCGAAUUGUACACGCGUUGAUAAACCGCGUACAAAGUUGGUGAAUAAUUCAGUGAUCUCGUCUAUAGACUUUCUUCUUUGUUUUUCUUUAGUCUUUUGAAAAAGAAAAAUUUUGUUUGUUUUUUUUACUGUGCGAAUAGAGGCGGCGAUCUUACCAAUCGUCCCGGUAAAUAUACGUUAUUAUACGAACAUGUACACAGCACAAACAACACGUACACAUCGAAAUAUACACUCACACAUGUACAGACUCGUUGAAUGCUGCAUAGAGUACACACACGUACACACACGUUAUAAGGAAGCAUUAUAGUUAAAAAAGAAAAAUUGGCGGGGUGCGUUCGUCUCCUUUAUGAAGUGACAGAUAUUCACGCCCCUCCCUGCAGAUCAUAGUUUUCUACGACAGUAUUUAUAUAGCUAUAUAUAUAAAUAUAUAUAUACACAUAUAUGUAUACAAUCAGAAGUAUAUUGUAUAUAUAUAUAUAUGAAAUGUACAUAUACAUAUUAAAUAUUUUUACACGAACGCCCCCCCUCCCCUUCUCCGUUGCCGAGGGCACCCCGCCAUCGAAAUCUCCAGUCGGGUGUAUCCCACAAAUAAAAUAGUCCGUUGAACAUAGUUCGCAAUAGUCACUUGAAAUAAAAUACCACCAACUACAGUAUUGCAAUAGUUUUUAGAGAGACAAUCGUGUGCGUAACCGUGAAAACGCUCCCAUCCGAACUGAUCGAUAUAAGGACCGAUUAUAUUUCUGUCGAUUAACUGGAAUUUAAAAAAAGAAAGAAGGAAUAGGAACAAAGUAUAUGUAACAGGUGGAUAUUUGAUUCCUGAAAAUAUUAUAACGACGAUCUGGAAAAAUAGAAUGGAAGAAGAGAAAAUUCUGUGGGAUUAGAAAUUCGCGGUCUGUGGUCUUCGAACGGUAGGGGAAAAUAGGAGAGAAGGACGAAAGAACGUGGCUAACGCAUAACAAAAUGCUCGAUGGUAUUGGCAACACGCGGCUCUCUCGGUAUCGACAAUAAUAAACGGUGAACGUGCCGGUGCUCGUAAAUGCCGAAUCGUACGAGUGCACUCGCCUCCACGCGGCUUUACGGUCAUUAUAAAGGCGGAUUAACGACGCCGUAAACGCGGCUAUGCCGUUCACGAAUUGUCUGCCAGUUGUGAACGUUCGUAUGUUUCUUAGAGAGAACGCAACUAACCGCCUGUGAAUUUUGUCAAGGAACGGAAAUUCUCUUACCAAAAACAGGAAGAAAUCAUUGUAAACCGAGAGCAGAGAUAGUAAAAUGUAUCUGUGAAACGACUGCCAAUCAUCGUCGUACUUAAGAUAUUAAUCGAAUAUUCAUAGCGUUCUUCCAUUCUUUUCUUCCUUUUCUAAGCGAUAAACCGUUAAAGUCGGAUAUUCUGCCAUGCGUUAAUUUCUGCGAUAACUGAGGGAAACGUUCGAGAGGUUUUUUCUUCCUUUUUCUGCGUCAAAAUUUCGCGAGGAAGGGAGCGAGCUACCAUCCCAGGUACUCAAAAACCGACACGAUUAUAUGAUGCGUUGUUGUAAAUGUAAUAAACAAACUCAGGAAAUCUGAAGCAGCCAGGCCGUGAUACUAUACUUAUAGAAACUACUACUACUACUACUACUACUACUACUACUACUACUACUACUACUACUACUACUACUACUACUACUACUACUACUACUUCUACUACUUCUACUACUUCUACUACUUCUACUACUACUACUACUAUACUACUACUACUACUACUACUGCUACUACUACUACUACUACUACUGCUAUUAUUACUACUACUACUACUACUACAUGUGUGAUUCUUGCGUUAAAACAGGCGCUCGGGCAAUUCGCAAGCCAAGCGUCUAAUUCUGUUUUAUUUCGUUUGUUUGUUUGUUUCUUGUUUGUUACGAGACUUUUACUCUGGCAAAUGGCAAGGCGUGUGCGCACUGUAUCUGUGAAUCGAUGUGUGCUGCGUGAAAUCGAUUAGAGCUGAUUCGUAUAAAAACGAAGGCCGUAAAUGACUUACGUGAGUCGCGGGUUCUAUCUAAUUGUAUUCUACGUCUGCCUUUGUGCAAGCUAUCGCGCGUCUAGCGAUGUCGCGAUACGUUAGUAUCGAGUUGACAGCUCGAAUUUAUUUCACGAGUCAUAUGUCGAUUGGAGAUACAAAAGAGAGAAAGUAAUAAGAGAAAAGAGAAAUAAUUGUGAAAAUCACCACAGCUACCUCCAUGUUAAUUAAAUAUCAGUCUUCUUCUCGCGCUAUACUCACGCUCAUGAUUACCUAAAGCAUACGUUACUUUUACGAAUAUUCGGGGACGAGUCAAGUCGUCCUGACGAAACCGUUACGUCUCCAUAUGUAGCGAAUAUAUACUAUUAUAUAAUUAUA